AAAAUUGAAAUCUCAACUGUUUGGUUUCCUUCACUUCCUUUUCCAUUUGAUUUUCCCCCACUUUUUCUCUCCCUCCAAACAGCUACGGAGUUUCUGUCGAGCUUCGAGUGAAAUGGAGAUGGCUAUGGAGGACUCAUGCUCUCGUUCGCUUCUCUUCAUGGCUCGUUACGCUCUGCAAUCUGACGGACGAGCGCCGCGGUUUCUAAAGAAUCCUAUACAGAGUACGCUACGAAUAAGUAAUUUUCCGGUUUUCUGUGCUAAUUUCUAGAUUUACAUAGUUUUAGAGUUGUUAUUGUCGUCUUCAAUUGCUCUUUUUGUACCUGAAUUUGAAGAAUUGGAAACGGAAGCUCUAGGUUACGGUGAAUUUAGGAGAACUUGUGUUUUGGAUUCUAGUCGAUUUUGGAAGUUCUGUGGUGUUUAUGAAGAACGGUGGUUCAUGUAUAAAUUCUAGGGUUCGGGAAAUUCUCGUGGAGUUGAGCUUCUUAGGUUUUCACAUGCUUGGUAAAUUGUCUGUGGCUUGAAUAUCUCUUGAAACAACACAAGUGAAGUUUGACUUUCAGCUCGUGUUAUUGAAAGAAGUAGAGGGACAUUUGAAGUUGAACUUGAUUUUUGGUGGGAAGCUUUAAUGGCGGAAAGGUGGGAGCUCGGGUUUCCAAAGACUAGUGCUAGUAGUCUUAGAGAGCAGGCAACAAGAACAAUUCUUCGCAAUGUGAGGUCGCAAGGGCACACAUAUGUUGAGCUCCGAGAAGAUGGGAAAAAGUUCAUUUUCUUCUGUACUUUGUGUCUGGCUCCAUGUUAUAGUGAUAAGGUGCUGUUUGAUCACUUGAAGGGUAAUCUUCACAAGGACAGGUUAGCUGCUGCUAAGGUUACUCUGUUGCGACCAAACCCGUGGCCUUUUAACGAUGGUGUGGCUUUCUUUCAUAAUCCAGAUGAGACUGAUAAGCAUUUGGUGAUUACAGAUGACAAUAAAUUUAGGAUGUUGGAGUCUCCUGACGAUGAAAACAAUCUUGCUAUUGUCAAGUAUGGGGAAAAUCUGAUAUCCAAUGGCAAUGAGCAUGUUGGUACUGAUGGUCUUGACUGUAAUGGCUCUUUAGAUUUUCCGAGGGUUCGUUCAAAUUUCAAAUUUAGUUGCUCUAAUGAGAAUUCAACUGCUAAUGAAGUGAAUUCCUCUGUAGUGAUCCCUAGUGUUCUGGUUAGGGAUGAUGUUACUGACAUAGAAGCGAAGAAGGUAGGCUUGGGACAAAUUGCUGCAAGAUUCCUUGAGAAGGAUAAGGUGUCAAAAGGUAUUGGUAGAAUAUGGUGUGAAUGGUUGGGGAAAAAAGCUAUUGGCAACGAGUAUCAUUUAAAAGUUCCUGAGCACGACUUCGCUGUUGUUACCUUCUGUUACAAUAUUGAUUUAGGUAGAAAGGGGUUGCUUGAUGAUGUAAAGAUGCUUCUCUCUUCCAGUCCUUCGGUAGAAACAGAAAAUGGUGAAGGCAGCAGCAGUAAGAGAAAGAAGUCCUUUUCUGACCCUGAGGAUAUCAGUGAAUCUCUAAGUAAUCAGUAUGAUUCAUGUGGGGAAGAUUCCUCUGCAUCCAGUGGUGCAUCAUCAAAGUUGCUUUUAGACCGGUACGACGAUCAGCUUCUGCACACAAGAUUUAUUUUAAACAAGUCUAUAAGAAGAGAGUUGAGGCGGCAACAGCGUUUAGCUCUAGGGAGAAUGUGUGAUAUAUGUCAACAGAGGAUGAUUCCUGGGAAAGAUGUAUCAGCCCUCAUAAAUUUGAAGACUGGAAGGCUUGCUUGCAGUAGUCGAAAUGUGAAUGGGGCUUUUCAUGUGUUUCAUACUUCCUGCCUUAUACACUGGAUACUUCUGUGUGAGGUUGAGAUUGCAAAUCAGUCCACUAAUUCAAAAGUGAGAAGAAGAUCUAGGAGAAAAAAUGCAGCCAAGUGCAAUGGACAAGAUGGUCAGAUGAAAGCUUUGAGCACGCAAAUCCAUUCUGUAUUCUGCCCAGAGUGUCAGGGUACUGGUGCAAUCAUUGAUGGAGAUGACCUGGAGAAACCAAAUCUCCCUCUGUCUCAGAUGUUCAAGUAUAAGAUAAAGGUGAGUGAUGCACGUAGAGCAUGGAUGAAGAGUCCUGAAAUGUUGGAGAAUUGCUCGACAGGUUUUCAUUUCCCUUCCCAAUACGAAGAAGGAAUCCAAGUUUCUGAAAAGGUGAAACCAUUAAAGUUGCUGCAUUUCUACAGAGCAGAUUAAUAGAGUUGGCUUCAAGAACAGUGGGAACCAUGCGGUCGGUUGUUUUAGCUUCUCACCAUAGCAUGUAUGUUUCACUUCUAACAUGCACCUUCUUGUUGUAUAUGACUGGCUCAUGAGUAGGACUUUGGAGUGGACAGGCGUAGGUUGUAUGGAGCUGUUAGCUUUUGUGGAUAGUUUGGAUUAGUUUGCUUGAUGAGAUAUAUUUGUACAUACCUGUUGCUGACACAGGUACAUAUAUGUUGUAUACAUUGCUGAUAUAUGUCUGCAUAAUGCAAUUAUUUAUGUAUAAACGAAUGAUAUAUGUUGAAUACAUUGCUCGUAUGUUGAGG